AUGUUCAUUCAGAUGUGGAGCAACAAUUGGAUUACGGAACACGACCCAUACGUGCCUCCUGUAUUGUGGAACGAUGAUAUGUACCGUGAAGGAAGGAAGUAUCGGAUCGGCUACUACAUUGACGAUGGGUGGUUCACUCCUGCACCUGCCAUUCAGUCAUCACCAUACAUUAAGCGCGCUGUGCUCGAGGCAAAAUCCCAUUUGGAAGCUGCUGGCCACACCUUAGUGCCUUUCAAACCCCCGAGAGUGCCCGAGAUGAUGCGACACUAUGUUCGAGGUGUCUGCGUCGAUGGAGGACAGUUUGUGUUCAACAAACUUUUCAAUGUUGGUUUCUAA